AGCACGAUGUUUUCUGGUAUUCCUGUUCAAGAUAGCCAGCAGUUCAUCAUUGGGCCACUGAAUUAUUGGGAUCAAGUGAGGGAAUCAGGGGGUUUUGAUAUCGAACAUAUCACAGCACCUCAAAAUACAUGCGGACUCAUGCCUUACGAUUGUGAAGACGAGAGUAUUAGGUAUCCUAAUCGUGUGUUGGUCAAUCUUUACGCUAGACUCGGUCUCCAUCGUUACAACCUCUCUGAGGGAACAAAUUUAGAGUUUCACCACUUGAAGAAAUUCAACACGAGUAUGACUUUGAUCUCCUCGUACCGCAUCACUUUGGUUGCUUAUGAUCCAGCUACCAAUUCGCUAGUAACCUUUCUGGUCGGAGUCUCUGAGCAAAUAUAUGGUCGUUUGAAUUUGAUGGUCUUCAUUGCUAGACCUCAAGCUAAUAGUCCAAGUCCUCUCUUUAAAGAAGCUGUUUGGCCACAACUUGGUAUCACCAAUGACGCAUAUUAUGACAAGGGAUCCCCUUUCUGGCCGACAGAUUUUGAUGAUACAGAACGAUUCUACCUGCUGAAGGAUCCAGAGAUACAAGGCAACGAUUGGAUUCGUCUAUACUUGGAACUUGCUCUUUGUUCAAAUGAUAGGAACAUUCCCGAAUGGCAUGUAUCCCAGCUACAGAUUGUGAGAGUUGCAGUGGAAACUAUUCAAUAUGUGGUUGUCUCAAAUGUCAAUUUCUACAUAACGUUUAAAGGCUUGCCUGUGGCUCAGGUUGGUGAGGAUGGUGAGAAUGUUGAGCGCAAAGUCAUUGUCAGAAGGUUUGUGGAUCUUUCUACCGGAUACUUCACUCUCAAGGGUGGGUUUGGGUUUUCGGUCGGAGAAGUCGCUAGUGAGGGCCCUAUGACUCGCCUCCGGAGCAUCAAGGAAAUUCGCGCUGACCUGAGGCUGCACCCUACGACUCGCCCAUGUCCAGCCAUCCCCAUUGCUGAUUGGUGGAAAAGCUAGAUUAUUAACCUCUACUAUCAUAACACGAGUGAAUUGGGCUGGGCUGCUUCUGAUUGAAGUUUACGUAGUUCUUUAAUUUCAUCUUUGGCUGUUGUAUUACUUCUUCCUUGGAUUCCAUUCUCGGAGUUCUCCGUUUAAGAGUCUUCUUCUGUUCUGUUGGGAGUAAAGGUUCUUUGUGGUUAUUUCCUAUGGCAAUCUCUGUAGUUGCCUCUCUUGUUGCUGCUUGAGCUUACUGUAAGUCCGGCUAUAUUUGGUGUCUGAGGCUGCUUACAAUUUGGAUCAAGAGUUAAUUCUUUUUUUUAGUGUUCGGUUAGAAAUUAAUGCGUUUGUAAGAUAU